UCGAAGUCCUUCGCCAUCGCAGCCGAGGGGCUCUCCAGUGCUGAGCCUGACGGCCUGGCGACCACGGCGAAGAAGCAAGGCCAAGAGGCUCUGCACAAGAAGUACGACAGGGGCAGGGACGCUCAACCCAUCCGCGAACAGCCAAGGGUGGAGCAGCCCGAGUCCGUGCACACCAGGGCCAGCCAGGCCCAGUCUAAGAUCAAGCAGUUUGAGACGCGCAUCGAAGAUGAACUCGACAAGUUGGAGCGUUGGAGAGCUGAUACGAAGCAGUUGGAGGAGGAUACCAUCCAGCAGCUAUCGGAUGAGCUCACUGGCCACGAGCAUCUGUACAAGGAACUCCUGCGCGCCAUCGUCGAGUCUGAGGCAGAGAUUGAAUUGGCUGACGACCUGCUUGAAGACCUGCCCAAGGACUUCGAGUUCUCGGAAGAGGAUAAGCGGGCCUCCGAGGAGCGGAAGAAACUUCUGGCUGACCAGUUCCGUGAAGUGGCUACGCACCUCUUCGGCGGCGCCAGAGCGACCUUCGACAGUGCCCGCAAAGAGCACAAGGCACACAUCGCCCGCCUG